CAGGGUCUCAGCGGCACAUCCCCACCCAGAAAUUCCCAAAGUACCCACCCCGGGGGUCGUCGUUGAAAAAGGAUGAGAUAAUUUGCUAAUACAGUAACACUACGGCCAACUGGGUCAGCAAAGUGCUAUACGCACGGCGGAGCAAACAUUUGUAGAUCAUGGAAGUAAGUAAUAUUGCUGAACAAGCAAGACAAACUGUUGUAUGGCCAACGAACUAUCGUACCCUCUACGUAGGAUUAGUAUUACGUAGAAAAUACCAGACUGCCGGCAGCUGGUGUUUUCUCUCAGGGUCACCAUAAGACUGGUGUUUAGCCAUCAUGAACGCGAAAGGGCGGUAUGGCCGAAUAGCCGCGCCUAUGUCGUGUCCCAUUCCAACGCUAAAACGUCUCGCCUCAUAAUCCCUGCAUAAUUUCGAGAGAGAAACAGACUGCUUGCAGUCUAAGAAUACACAGAAUGUACUGUGAACCCAUUACUCACUGAUCGGGUAUAAAAGUGGCAAUAAUACAAAGGAUUUUUCUGGCCAAUAUGACCGGGGCCAAUCCUUUCUCCGGUCAGAGAUAGGAUAGAGUUCGGAUAGAAUGUGUGGUCGUGAAUGAAGUACAGUGCAAUCCGCUGGUCAGUAGGUGGUAGUCUGGGAUCAAGCGGAGAAAUCAAAUGUGUUUGCAACCAAGAAUUCUCCAUGUUUAGAGUCUGCCUGACGAGAAUAUUACCAGCUACUGCUAGGCCAAGAGAAACAAAACUAUUGUCAAGUGCUUCUCAGCUUAUGAUGUCAGUUGAAAAAGUAAUCACUCAAAAGCUAACAAAGGAAUUUAAGCCUGUGUAUUUAGAUGUUAUCAAUGAGAGCUACAUGCAUAAUGUUCCAAAAGGUUCAGAAACUCAUUUCAAGGUGGUGGUUGUGUCUUCAAACUUUAAAGAUAAGCCCUUAAUUCAGAGACACAGAAUGGUCAAUGAAAUUCUAAAAGAAGAGUUAGCAAGUGGUGUACAUGCCUUGUCAAUACAGGCCAAGACACCAGAACAGUGGGAAAGCAGUGCAAAGACAGUUCCUAAGUCUCCACCUUGUUUAGGUGGAAGUGCCAGAUAACAGAUUGCUGUGAUAUUUCUUGCUUUGAUGUACAGCUGUAGUUCUUCAAUUUGACUCCACAACCAAAGCACUAAUUUCUCCACAACAACUGAAUGAAAAGAGUUUUGGGUGUCAUUGUCAAACCGGGGCUGUAAGAUAACCGCCAUCUCUCUUGGCUGCUUGCUGCUGUAAGAGAACCUCAGACCAGAGGAGACAACUAAAAUUCAGUCUAAAUCAAAUCAAGACAUUUUGACCACAACUAUACAUGUACCAAUAAGUGCUUUGUAUGUCUGGCAACAUAGUACAACAUUAUCCCAGCUGGACCGUAGAAAAAAGGCAACCAUACAAUAAAAUUUAUUGCUGUUAAAACUU